AUGAGCGCUACAUCUACCCUGCCUGGUCCUGCCUUGCAAGCUUCGAGAGCUGCGCUCUCUGCCGCUUUGGCUGAUCAAGACAUCCAAAGUCCUACCGACGAGGAGCUUGAGAACGGAGAGAUCCAAGAGGUUGAUAUGCAAGCCCAGGCUGAAGGCAUCAGGACUGUCUUCAGCGAUCCCACCAACUUCAACGUCAAGCAUCCCCUGUAUUCGCCAUGGACACUUUGGUUCGAUUCACCGGCAACCAAAGGACGCAACCUGCCACAGACGCCUGUGUCAGCGUUCCCUCAGACACCAAUUCCGCAGACACCUGGUGUCGCUGCUGCUCAAGGAUGGAUGGAGGAUAUCAAGCGCGUCAUCAGCUUCGACAGUGUGGAGGAGUUCUGGGGUUUGUACAAUAACAUCAUUCCGCCCUCUCAACUGCCCCAGAAGGCGAAUUACUAUCUGUUCAAGGAGGGCAUUAUUCCAGCAUGGGAGGAUGAAGCUAAUAAGAACGGAGGGAAAUGGAGCAUUCAGUUGCCGAAGGACAAAAAUCGUGCGCAUGUCGACAAGAUGUGGCUGUAUACGAUGCUCGCAGCGAUCGGGGAGACAUUCGACCCAGCACCGACACAGGGCGGUGGCGGCAAUGCGGUGUCGUUGAUUACUGGUGUAAUUGUGUCGACGCGGCCGCAGUUCUAUCGGCUUUCGAUAUGGACAAGGCUUGCACCCAACACGAAUGACGACGACGCUGCGCUGCGCUCACGAAUAGAAGGAGUGGGGAAGCACUUUAAGAUCAAUGUUCUUGGAUACAGCGAGAGCCAGCGACUGGCAGGACCUCUUGCGACGGAGGUGGAGUUCUUGUCGCACAAGGACUCUGAGAAGAAGGGCAAGUCUGCGCGGAAGAUCAUCGCGUAG